AUCGUUGCCAUGGUUGUACCCACGUUAUACCUUUGACCCUCGGAGGCAGAUCUUGCAGACUGUUAAACAACAAAGAGGGAGGGAGGGAGAGAGAGAGAGAGAGAGGCUGUCGGGUAGAGAGCAGAUCGCACCACCCAAUUAAAGGGAGAGAAGCAGCGAACAUGUCGGAUAAUAUCCCGCUGCACCCUGUCCGCCAUAAGAAGAGCCACGAUUCCAAACAGCGGAGCGGAUGCUGUAGUUGUUGCUGUAGGGGAAGAGAUUUCAAACCUCGCACCGUGUGGCUUGGACAUCCAGAGAAAAGAGAACAGAAAUACCCACGAAAUGUCAUCAAUAAUCAGAAAUACAACAUCUUUACCUUUCUCCCUGGGGUACUUUAUAACCAGAUGAAGUAUUUCUUCAAUCUAUACUUCCUCCUGUUGGCAUGUUCUCAAUUUGUGCCAGAUCUGAAGCUUGGUGCCCUGUACACAUAUUGGGCUCCAUUGGGUUUUGUCUUGGCCGUCACGAUCAUCAGGGAAGCAGUGGAGGAGCUGCGAUGUUACGUCCGAGACAAAGAAGUGAACUCCCAGAUCUACAGCAAGCUCACAGCCAGAGGUACCGUGGUUGUCAAGAGCUCAAAUAUUCAAGUGGGGGACUUGAUUAUUGUGGAUAAGGAUCAAAGGGUACCUGCUGACAUGAUCUUCCUCCGUACAUCAGACAAAGGCGGGUCCUGUUUUAUCCGCACUGAUCAGCUGGACGGUGAGACCGACUGGAAGAUGCGUUUACCUGUUGGAUGCACGCAGAGGUUACCCAUUGCAGCUGAUCUGCUACAAAUACGGUCCCAUGUUUAUGCAGAAGAACCAAACCUUGAUAUCCACAGUUUUGUGGGGACUUUCUCUCGGGAGGAUAGUGACCCACCAAUUAAUGAGAGUUUAAGCAUUGAAAACACAUUAUGGGCCAGUACGGUUAUAGCAUCAGGCACAGCAGUGGGUGUUGUUAUCUACACAGGCAAAGAAAUGCGGAGUGUUAUGAAUACUUCCCACCCAAAGAACAAGAUGGGGCUGUUUGACCUGGAGGUGAACUGUUUAAUGAAGAUCCUGUUUGUUGCACUGGUGGUGUUAUCCCUUGUGAUGGUCUCCCUGCAGCACUUCCGGGGACGGUGGUACCUCCACUUGUUUCGCUUCUUUCUUCUCUUUUCCCACAUAGUUCCUAUCAGUAUUCGUGUAAACCUGGACAUGGGAAAGAUGGUCUACAGUUUGAUGAUUCGGAGAGAUGACAAAAUUCCUGGCACGGUGGUACGGGCCAGCACCACUCCCGAACAGCUUGGGAGAAUUUCCUUUGUUCUAACAGACAAGACAGGAACCCUUACAAAAAAUGAAAUGCAGUUCAGGCGUCUUCAUUUGGGGACAGUGUCCUAUGGAUUGGAUUCAAUGGAUGAAGUGGAGAGCCACGUUUUUAGUGCUUAUACACAGCCUCCAGCUGCUUCACAAGAUAAAUCUUCAUCAGCAUUUCCGAAAAUACGUAAAACGGUUGCCGUUCGUGUUCACGAGGCAGUGAAAGCAAUCGCUCUGUGCCACAACGUCACGCCCGUCUACGAAUCUCGGGGACCUGACUCCACUGACCAAGCUGAAGCUGAGCAAAACUAUGAAGAUGCUUGUCGAGUUUACCAAGCAGCCAGUCCAGACGAGGUCUCGCUGGUGCAGUGGACAGAGUGUGUGGGCCUGACUCUGGUGGGCAGGGACCAGUCCUCCAUGCAGCUGAGGACACCAGGUGGACAGAUUCUGAACUUCACCAUCCUGCAGGUGUUCCCAUUUACCUACGAGAGCAAACGCAUGGGGAUCAUUGUCAAAGAUGAAUCCACAGGAGAAAUUAUGUUCUACAUGAAAGGAGCUGAUGUGGUCAUGAUGGGAAUUGUUCAGUACAAUGACUGGCUUGAAGAAGAGUGCGGCAAUAUGGCCAGAGAAGGACUCAGAGUUCUGGUUGUUGCCAAGAAGUCCCUAACAGAGGAACAGUACCAGGAUUUUGAGAAUCGUUACAUUCAAGCAAAGCUGAGUGUGCAUGACCGGUCAUUGAAAGUCGCUACGGUUAUUGAGAGCUUGGAGAUGGAAAUGGAGCUGCUUUGCCUGACUGGGGUGGAAGACCAGCUGCAGGCGGAUGUCAGACCCACCCUGGAAAUGCUGAGAAAUGCUGGAAUAAAGGUCUGGAUGCUCACUGGAGAUAAACUUGAGACAGCAACAUGCACAGCAAAAAAUGCACACCUGGUAACUCGGAAUCAAGAUAUCCACAUUUUCCGAACAAUAACUAAUCGAGGAGAAGCCCACUUGGAACUUAAUGCUUUCAGAAGGAAACAUGACUGUGCACUGGUCAUCUCUGGAGACUCCCUAGAUGUUUGCCUGAAGUUCUAUGAGUACGAGUUUAUGGAACUUGCCUGUCAGUGCCCGGCUGUUGUGUGUUGUCGAUGCGCUCCCACACAGAAAGCACAGAUCAUACGCCUGUUACAGCAACGGACCCGCAAACUAACAUGUGCAGUAGGGGACGGAGGUAACGAUGUGAGUAUGAUCCAGGCUGCAGACUGUGGAGUGGGCAUUGAAGGCAAGGAAGGAAAGCAAGCAUCUUUGGCGUCAGACUUCUCCAUAACUCAGUUCAAACACCUUGGUAGGUUACUGAUGGUCCACGGACGCAACAGCUACAAGAGGUCGGCUGCCCUCAGCCAGUUUGUCAUCCACAGAAGCUUGUGCAUCAGUACCAUGCAGGCUGUUUUCUCUUCAGUGUUUUAUUUUGCAUCUAUUCCUCUGUACCAGGGUUUCCUUGUUAUAGGGUAUUCCACAAUCUACACCAUGUUCCCAGUGUUCUCUCUUGUUUUAGACAAAGAUGUUAAAUCAGAAGUUGCAAUGCUUUAUCCAGAACUCUAUAAAGAUCUUGCCAAGGGUCGACCGUUGUCUUUCAAAACAUUUCUGGUUUGGGUUUUGAUUAGUAUAUACCAAGGCGGAAUAAUCAUGUACGGCGCUCUCCUGCUGUUUGAUUCGGAGUUUGUGCAUGCAGUGGCCAUCUCCUUCACCUCGCUCAUUCUCACUGAGUUGCUGAUGGUGGCACUCACAAUCCAGACCUGGCACUGGCUCAUGAUCGUGGCAGAACUCCUCAGCCUCAGUUGUUACAUCGCUUCUCUUGUCUUCUUGCAUGAGUUUAUUGAUAUCUACUUUAUCAUCACAUUAUCCUUCCUGUGGAAAGUCUCAGUAAUCACUCUGAUCAGCUGUCUUCCGCUGUACAUACUGAAAUACCUGAGGAGAAAGUUUUCGCCACCGAGCUACUCCAAGCUGACCUCGUAGAUUCUGAUGUCUAUGACCCCACUCCAGUUGGGAAUCACGCCCAACAAUUUAGGGAAUUUAUUUGACGGUUUCAACUACUGAUGAACUAAAAUGCUACCAUAACAGUAAUGAUCAACUGGUGGAAAACAAUUGGGUGGUAAAGAUGACCAGAGAUGUGACCUGCUGCUUCAGUCAUAGGAUUUAAUGACACCCAGUCAAAAAGGGAAAUAAUGCACUGUUCAAAAGCAGGAGGCUAGAAAAGAAUAGAUUAAUGGUAGAAGAAUCAUCAACCUAUUGCAGCCAAUGAGCCACUGAUAAAAUGUAUGUGUAAAUGUGCUUAUCUUUA